CAAAUAAGAGAAAUGAGAAUAUCAAGUAUCACAUUUGGCUUCUUCUCCACACCGUUUCAAUCAAAGUCAACUCUUUUCUUUCUACACAAUUGCUCCGUUUUCACCGCCAACAUCAAACACUCUCCGCUACUCUUCUCACUUAAACAUUCUAUAGUGAAAGCACUUGCCGCCUAUUCUGCAUCACCAAUAUCAAAUAUGGUCAAACCCAUCAGGGUUCAUCAACUUGGCGGACCUGAGGUUCUGAAGUGGGAGGAUGUAGAAAUAGGGGAGCCUGUUGAAGGUGAGAUUCGCUUGAGAAACAAAGCAAUUGGCCUUAAUUUCAUCGAUGUUUACUUUCGGAAAGGCGUUUAUAAGGCUGCUACAAUGCCCCUCACCCCGGGUGUGGAGGCUGUAGGGGAAGUAAUUGCUGUGGGCCCUGGAAUUACUGGCACGAAAGUUGGGGAUAUUGUGACUCAUGCUGGUAGUGCAAUGGGUUCAUAUUCUGAGAAGCAGGUCCUUCCUGCAGACAAAGUGUUUCCCCUUCCUUCUUCUAUUUCACCUGUUAUUGCAGCUUCUGUCAUGCUUAAGGGUAUGACGGCUCAGUAUCUACUUCGCCGUUGCUUCAAGGUUGAGCGUGGACACACAAUUCUUGUUCAUGCUGCAGCUGGUGGGGUUGGAUCUCUGUUAUGCCAAUGGGCAAAUGCUCUGGGUGCAACUGUUAUUGGCACCAUCUCAACUAAAGAGAAGGCUGCUCAAGCCAAGGACGAUGGAUGUCACCAUGUUAUUGUUUACAAGGAUGAGGAUUUUGUUGCCUGUGUUAACGAGAUAACAUCAGGCAAUGGGCUCGACAUUGUCUACGACUCUGUUGGGAAAGACACCUUUCAGUCAGUUCUUUUACAUCUAUGCUUAAGGCUUCGGCGUUACAUGGUGAGUUUUGGACAGUCUUCUGGUACACCGGAUCCAGUUCCCUUAUUGGCACUGGCGCCAAAAUCAUUGUUCUUAACGAGGCCUUCUCUCAUGCAAUACACAACAACUCGGGAUGAGCUGCUGGAAACCGCUGAGGAGGUAUUUGCCAAUGUUGCAUCAGGUGUCUUGUGGGUUCGAGUAAAUCAUACAUAUCCUUUGUCACAAGCAGCAGAGGCACAUGCCGACCUGGAGAGCCGAAAAACAUCUGGAUCAGUGGUGCUGAUACCAUGAGUGUGAGCAGUUUGUUUCAUCUUGGUAGAAUAGAUAGGCUGUUUGGUCUAGUGUUAUGUGAGGCUUGUUAUGUAUGCAGAGAUCCAUACCAAUAAACAUACAGGGUCAGCCAGCAUGAGAAGUUAUAUUGGUACAGUGCUUUUGGUAGCAGUAUGGAGUGUGCUUGUAAAUAAAGAAGAUGAAAGACUGCUAUUGUUUUUAAAGUAAUAUUAUGUGUACAAACAAUCAUGUGUUAUUAUAUGAUUAAAUAGUUAAAAAUUAAAGAUAAACGGAUAUCCAAUCACAAGGAGACACGUUAUAAUUUAUGCA